AUAAACACACAGAGAGAGAAGGUUUAGAGGUAACCGGCGAUGAAAUCACGGUCAAAUUGCAGCCGUUGAUCUUGCAUACUCUCUCUGACUCCGGCUUUCAUCAUUAACGGCCGUGAUUUCUCCUCCUCUUCCUUCUCUCUGUUCAGUGCCUGGAGUUUUUAUUAUUCAGUGAAGCUUGGUCUAUCAAUGGCUUAUAUGCAUAUGUAACUGUUUUGGCCACACGCUGGCUUUUUGUUUCUGAUGUUAGCAUCUAUUUCGGGCCAGUUUACUCGAUCCGUUCUGUUAAUGCUUGUUUGGCAUGCGAUUCGCUCUCUCAUUCCAUCGGUCUAAGCAGUUAAGUUGGGCACCACCUGCUUGAUAGAGAAGGAUCACGUCUGUCGCUGACCUCGAAAACUGCUAGUCUUCUGCACCUUGUUAUGGCUAGUAAGUUGGAUAGUCCGGUACAGGCCCAGAUGGCUGUUGCUGUUUUUAAUGGUAUAUGCAAUGGGGAGUACCAUGGGAGUCGAGGAGCUAAACCUGGUAAGACGCGGCGUGUCUUUGUACAGACUGAAACUGGCUGUGUCUUGGGACUAGAAUUGGAUCGGAAUGACAAUGCUCAUACAGUUAAAAAGAGGCUACAGCUAGCCCUUAAUGUCCCUACAGAUGAGAGCUCGUUAAGAUUUGGUGAUCUUACUUUAAACAAUGAUCUUAGUGCCAUUCGGAAUGAUUCCCCACUUCUUCUCACUCGAAAUGCCAUGCAUAGGAGUUCAUCCACUCCAUGUUUCUCACCAACUGGGAAGAAUCUUCAACCGAGAGAUGGAAGUGGUCUGAUUGAGAUAUUAGGGUGCUCAAGUCAUUUUGCUGGAACAACUGAACUGGUGAAGGACAUUAUUAAGGCAAUGCAGAAUGGUGUUGAUCCGAUCCCUGUAAAAAAUGGGCUUGGAGGUGCUUAUUACUUUAGAAACAUCAAAGGUGAGAAUGUGGCGAUAGUGAAGCCGACAGAUGAGGAACCUUUUGCACCAAAUAACCCAAAAGGCUUUGUAGGGAAAGCUCUGGGCCAACCUGGUCUAAAACGUUCAGUGAGAGUUGGAGAAACAGGAUUCCGGGAAGUAGCUGCCUACCUUUUAGAUUAUGGUCGCUUUGCCAAUGUGCCUCCAACUGUUCUUGUAAAGGUUACUCACUCAGUCUUUAAUGUCAAUGAUGGUGUGAACGGGAACAAGCUUCAGAACAAGACGAAGGUCAGCAAGAUCGCAUCACUGCAGCAGUUCAUUCCUCAUGACUUUGAUGCUAGUGACCAUGGAACUUCAAGCUUUCCAGUUGAUGCCAUACAUAGAAUAGGAAUAUUGGAUAUUAGGAUCCUUAACACUGACAGGCACGCAGGAAACCUUUUGGUCAGGAAGCUUGGUGGGGUUGGGGGCUUUGGUCAAGUGGAACUCAUUCCAAUAGAUCAUGGUCUUUGUUUGCCUGAGAGCUUGGAGGACCCUUAUUUUGAGUGGAUCCAUUGGCCUCAGGCAUCAAUUCCUUUCUCUGAGGAUGAGCUUGAGUAUAUAAAGAAUCUUGAUCCGAUUUGUGAUUCUGAAAUGCUGCGGACAGAGCUGCCCAUGAUUCGAGAAGCAUGCCUCCGUGUUUUGGUACUCUGCUCAAUAUUCCUUCAGGAAGCAGCUGCUUUUGGACUGUGUCUUGCUGAAAUUGGUGAGAUGAUGAGUAGGGAGUUACAUGGCCAAGGCGAGGAACCAAGUGAACUUGAAGUUGUGUGCCUUGAGGCAAAAGAACUCGUAAUGGAGAUGGACAUAUCAUUCUUUGAAGCUGAUGAAAGAGAUGAUGAAUUUCAGUUUGACAUGGAUUGCGAGGCAGCAGAGGCUAAUGUUGCCACAAAGAUAUCAGGUGAUUUGUAUGUUAAAGCACCCUUUCAUUAUGGGUCUGGAAGUGUGAAUGACCGAACCUUUCUAGCUCAAGUUGAUGAGAAUGGUGAAGAGUCCGAAAUUCUGGUCGAUGAAGGGCCAGUUAGGUCUGGACUUGCUGGUAGGCGCAAAGAGGAUUGUUAUACUGCUUCAAAGUUGUCUCUCUCCUUUAAAAAGGUUAACUUGGGUGGGAAACGCUUCCACUACCAUGGUGGAAAACCGGAAAGGAAUUAUAUGAUGGGCUACUCAUCUACGAUGAGUAGAAGUGCAAAUGAGCAGCUUCCUACAUCAACAAACUUUGUAAAGUUUGCUGACAUGAAUGAGGAGGAAUGGAGUCUCUUUAUUGUAAAGUUCAAAGAGCUUCUUUACCCUGCUUUUGCCAAGCGAAGGUCUCGAACAAUUGGACACAGACAGAGGCUGGGGACUUCCUGCCAGUUUUGAGUUAAAUAUCCUGUUGUAGAUUUUAAGGUCUGAAGAAUAAAAUUUUUGGUGCUGGGAAUUGGUUUAUCUACAUAGGUUUCUUUCACAAUUUAUAGCCCUGGAAGAAGAAAUCAUAGUUAUUAAGAGUAGUCUAUGUUGUAAAUAUACGUGGGAUCAGAGUUUCAGUAACCAGAUUAGUAAAGGAUAUGAGAAAAGGUCAUCAAGGUUCUAUCUUUAUUUGAUAUAUGAAGUUCUGGAUUUCAGAAUUUCCUUUUCAUUGACUGUUCACAAUUAUAUGAUAAAAAGAGUUCUUGGAAAAAAGGAGAAAGGUUAUGAAGUCCAACAAGAGCAUUGUUUUGUAAAAUUAUAUGCAUUUGUUUUAUAUACAUGUGAAGUUUGUAAUGAUGUGAUCCAAUACAAGACUACUUUCAAAUAAU